GAAUUAAGUCAAGAGGACUCUGCAGAUUUUUUGCCUUACAAAAUUUUCUUGGCUUGGGGGAAACUAAGAGGCAAGCUUUGCCAUGGCUCUUUCUGGUAUCCUGACAGAAGCUGAAAUUGCUGCUGGCCUACAGAGCUGUCAAGCUGCUGACUCGUUUGACUACAAAACCUUUUUUGUCAAAGUGGGUCUCAACUCCAAGUCCAAAGAUGAAGUCACCAAAGUCUUUGGCGUUCUUGACCAGGACGGGAGUGGAUUUAUUGAGGAAGAGGAACUGAAACUUUUCCUGAAGCAAUUCUCUGCCAGUGCCAGAGCUCUGACUGAUGCUGAGACCAAGGCGUUCCUGGCAGCAGGGGAUAGUGAUGGAGAUGGUAAAAUUGGAUUGGAUGAGUUUCAAGCUCUGGUCAAAUCUUAACAAGCAGUCAAGAUAAAGAUCAAGAUAUCUGUGCCAUAAACAAUCUUUCCUGUUGUAAGUCUACUAGUUAUUUACAUAAACUGUACCCUGGAAGGUCAUGAAAGACUGUUGGCAAGUGAUUUCAUAUUGCUGGAAAACAUCUAAAGUAGUACAAGCACUACUUAAACCACAUUUUAAGCAGAAGGUCUAUACUACUGGGAGACUGAACUGGAAUCCACUCUGCUCAUCUGGAUUUGGGGCAUUAAAGGUACAAAUAAAAGUAGUAAGAGGAGAAAUUUAAAGCAUCUAUGUGGGCCAUCGAAUUUUCAAUAUUUGCAUAAAUAGCUAGCACAUGUUGGAAAAAAAUAGAAUUAAUAAAAUGUCCAGGUGUAAAACCUGGUUAUGGUAACUGGAAUCAGUGGUAUUUAAUCAUGAGGUGUAUUUAAUGUUCCAUAUGCUUUUAUGUCACUCUUUGCACAACUGAUUAUGUUUCAGAGACUAAUUAUAUGGCAGGACCUAGCACCAAUUAAACCACCAAUUUAAGAUAACUGGAUCCAGGAUGAAUCUAGAUUACUGAAACAGCAAUACACUCAAAAUCCUCUAAGGAAUCCCUCACCUUCGUGCCCACCCGAUGGCACUAUUGUUCCACUGCUGAGAAGUUAAACCAGAAU